CCCGACCAGGCUUCCGUGCGCUGUAGAAACGCGUCUUUUGCUGCCCCUCCAAGCCACCAGUACGAGUCUUUGCCAAAUAUAGAAGCGCCCUCGCAACGCCAUGUGGGACGACGAAGACAACAACCCGUACGGAUCGUUUGCCCGCCAUGAUUCCAAUUCCUCGGAUGUACCUGGCCUAGCCUCACCUGCUGCGUUACCGUACCGUCCCGCGACGCCGCCGUCUGAGACGUCAUCCAACACACAAGAGUCGCCCGAGUACAUCUCGCAGCGGGACAUGAGCGAUGUCGACUACGACGAGGACCACGAGCGCGAAGAGCCUGUUGCGAAGAAGAGGGACGAAUAUCAUGCACGGGUGGAGCAAUGGCUGUACGAGAAUCCCGACCAGCUCAUCUUGAUCACAGACGCGGGGAAGGAGGGUGCCAACUACAUCCAGUACACGAUCAGUUGCGGGGGCCUUGAAGUCAAGCGCAGAUACUCCGAGUUCGCGUCGUUGCGCGCGACGUUGGUCAACCUGCAUCCGGUUCUCAUCGUGCCCCCGAUACCCGAGAAGCACUCCAUGGCAGACUAUGCCGCAAGACCCACAAAAGCAAAGGAGGAUGCAGGCAUAAUAGAGCUGAGGAAGCGCAUGUUGGCUGUAUUCCUCAACCGCUGCCGAGGGAUGAAGGAGAUAGUGAGCGACGGAGUCUUCUGGAGGUUCCUUGACCCGUACACCAGCUGGAACGAUGUACUCAGCAGCCCUCCAGUGUCCACCAUUCCCAAGCAGAUCCUCAAGGCGCCCCCGCUUGACACCGCAAACCCCACUCCCGCGCAUAACUACCUCCCAGUUCCCUCAUCGUCCGCGAAACUGAAGAACAGCGGCCCGACGUCGAGCUCAGGUACCCCGACCUCACCACCUGGGACAGCUUCCCUGCCCUCUGCAGCAGCGCACACGAUACCGGGACCACAAGUUUUUGGACGCUUCCCUCCAGAGUCGCGGGAGAUGUCAGAAGAAGAGCUCGACCCUUACUUUGUGUCCUUUGAGACGGCAUCGAAGGAUCUUGAGCAUUUGCUGCAGGGUCCUACGGAGAAGGUCAACCGACGGCUGUUGACGCAUCUGGGGCAUUGGGGGGAAGACCUGGCAGAUCUAGGCGGUCGACUUAACGCAUUCUCGCUAUCCGAACAAUCACAGUCGCUCGCGGCGGCAAUAGAGAAGACCGGACAGGCAGUAGACUCGACCUACAUCUCGACAACAGAACUGGCCUCCUCUCUAAGUGCGAGUUUCUCUGAACCGAUGCGCGAAAGCGCGCAGUUCGCAGGCGUCGUGCGCUCUGUACUCAGAUAUCGGGUGAUGAAGCGGAUCCAGGAAGACAUGACGAGGGAUGAGCUCGAGAAGAAGCGCAACCUCCUUGAUUCCCUUGAGCGCAGUGAAGCAGAAUCCAAACGUUUGGAGCAACAUCUUAGCGGUACGGGACAUGCACCCCCUGCACGUAGCCGGGCAGCCUCACACAGCUCACAACGAAGCACUGGGUCAGAACCGCGACACCCAGAGGACGACCGGACUUCGAUUGAUUCAGACUUCCCGCCCACGCAUGGCGAGCAACAGCCCCCGUCCUCGACACAAGGCGCACCCGACGACACGCAGUCACCACCGACGAGUCCACACAGGAAGACUGCGAGUGGAAACUUUGUAACGAACAAGCUGUUUGGAUCCAUCACACAUGCGUUUAGGGGUAUGGCGGAUGUAGACCCAGAGAAGACGAGGCGUGACCAGAUUGGCAAGACGAGGGACAACAUGGUGCAGCUUGAACAAGCUCUGCGAGUCGCCGAGACAGACACCAAAGAGGCGAGCAAUGGCGUAAUGAAGGACCUGCGAAGGUUCCAGGGCGAGAAGGAGAACGAUCUAAGACGGUACAUGAUGGAGUUUGCACAAGCCCACGUCGACUGGGCGAAACGGAACAAGGCCGCGUGGGAAGAAGCGAGGGCCGAGGUGGACAGAAUCCAACCCCAGAUCGAAGAGUACUCCAGGGACCACGAUGAGAUGUAAUGCGCGUGGUGGUUGUAACGAUUGGGCGGGUGGGACUCUUGGGCAUGGCUGGAUUGGGUGUACACUGCAUGUCGAACAGAUAGUUGCAAUCGCCCUACCAGUGAAUG